UGUCUGACGGUUAGGUUGAGACAAAGUGAAAAAAUUCAAAUUUCCAAGGCUAUGAUUGGUGGAUGUGUCUUUAACAACCUGACCAAUGAAAUAGGUUUCCUUUGUUGUUUGCUCGAAAACACCCAAUCAGAGAAAGCUAAUCCAGCCCUCUAUAAUUAGCAUGAGCUUUCAAUAAAUACCCAGUACAAGCUUCCAAUCCUUCAUUGUGUUGUUCACUAUUACGAGCUAACAUGCCUGAUCCAGCGAAGACUGCGCCCAAGAAGGGCUCAAAGAAGGCCGUCACCAAGACCGCCGGCAAAGGAGGAAAGAAGCGCAAGAGGUCCAGGAAGGAGAGCUAUGCUAUCUACGUCUACAAAGUGCUGAAGCAGGUUCAUCCUGAUACUGGUAUUUCUUCUAAGGCGAUGGGAAUCAUGAAUUCUUUCGUCAACGACAUCUUCGAGCGCAUCGCCGGUGAAGCUUCUCGUCUUGCUCACUACAACAAGCGCUCCACCAUCACAUCCAGAGAGAUCCAGACCGCCGUGCGUCUGCUGCUGCCCGGUGAGCUGGCCAAACACGCCGUGUCUGAGGGCACAAAGGCCGUGACGAAGUACACCAGCUCCAAGUAAAAAAAAGAAAUCAUCUGACUUAACCCCAAAGGCUCUUUUAAGGGCCACCCAUGUUUUCGGUUAAAGAGUUUUCCUGCUUUUUUUUCUGUUAUUAUACAAAAUUGAUAUUAGAUGGUGGGACAGUCUUACAGAUCUGAAAUCAGGAUGGUGUUUUUGUGGGUGGUUUAAGUAGCAGGCUAUGGAUGAAUUUGACUGCAUUUUUGUAAUUCUGAGAUUACAACUCACAAUUCUAUUAAGGAAAAACUACUUGUUCUCUCUUUUCUUCUCAGCUGAGUUUAUAUCCCACACUUCUAGCUUUUUUUUCCCUCAGAAUUAACAAACUCAGUAUUUUCGAGUUAUAAAGUCUGAGUUACGAGAUAUAAACUUAAGACAGAAAAAAAGCCAGAACUGUGAGAUUAAAUAAAUGUGACGUAAAAUGUUAAUAGUAAUUGGUUUAACCUUCUGGUUGUGUUUGGAUUCCUGUCACACUUGUGGUGUUCCCUGUCAAAAAUAAGUGGACUCCAAACAACUGCUUAUAAAAUAUUAUCACCAAAUAUUGGAUUCAUUCUUUUUGUCAACUUGUUUUCUUUCAUUUAGGACUGGUUUUGUGUUUCUAUUUGCGUCUGAUUAAUCGUAGGCCUCAUUUAUCUGAGAGUAGAAAUCUUGUCUGGAGUCCGGUCAUUUUUGACCGGGAACACAAGUGUAACUUUGUGUAAUUUUGUACGGUUUUGCCUACUUUCAGAUAAAUGAGACCUACGAUU